AUAUGGGUGGGAAAAAGAAUCAUAACAGUGCAGUGCUGAGAGCCGAUCAGGAGUUUAGAGCAAACGAUGAGUCCGCGUCCAUCUCACAACCUGGAUGUGUCCGAGCGCUUUUUAUUUUUUAAAACACUAAAACACGCCCCCUCCUCAACCCUGCGAGACUUAAGAAAAGUCUAGAAAUGUAGCUGAGCUAGCCAGCUUUAGCCGAAGUCCUUACACCCCCGUAGCGCACCCGAGUUUUCUCGCAAGAGACCGGGCAGAGAGCCUAGCCGCAGCUCUGCUGACCAACUCGCGAACAAAUCCGUUUACGAUUUAACCGGCAAAUGUCAAACAUUCUCCCUCCGCUUUUAGACAUUUUUCCUCCACCGGAAUCAAGCAACUGAACAACUCUAAAGUUAUUUUUUCCAGGUUGGGGAAAGCUUUCUCUCCUUUCUGUUUUUGCUACUUGUUUGUUUUGAGUCUUUUCAUAACGUGGCUGAAGAGGGGGAGUGGAAACUGGAAAACACUUUCUAUUUUUUCCCGUAAAGAUGAACCUUCAGCAACCUCGCUUUUUUUUACUUUGUUUUCACGCUUAUUUGUCUCCGAGCCGGUCUCAUUUUGUUUGAGAUUUAAACCUAAGUGCUAAAAAGUCGCUUUGGAUGACCGGUAAAGUUUUGGACAGCGCCGGACAGACCGAGCCGCUGCUGGCCGCUUCAGGAGCUCCGUGUGCCGCAUAGAGGAGCAGUUUCUCUGCCGCUGAGCAGGGGCAGCAUGCCGAGGAGAAAACAGCAGGAGCCGCGGAGAGCUGCAGCCUAUGUGCCAGAGGUUGUGAUUAAGGGAGCUGCAUUUGACAAAGAAACUCCUCAAGAUGAUGGGCUCUCAUUGGACAGCCAAGAUGCAGAGUACACGUAUAAUGAGGAAGAGGAGGAUGACGUAAAAGGUCCUCUGACCCCACAGGACUCCCCCUUCAGCAAUGGCACCAACCCAGAUGCUGGCUAUGCUUCCCCAUUUAGUGAUGCUAGUGAUCAGAUUGCUGAUUAUAAGAGCACCUUUUUAAAAGAAGAAAAGGGAGAGCUGCCCAGCCACAUGACCAAUGGGAACGGCCUGCAGGACAGCUUGGCACAGAUGAAAGCAGUCUAUGCAAAUCUGAUUUCUGAUGCCUCCUGGUCCAACACAACCAUGGAUAUCAUGGAAACCAAGCCAGUGUCCACCAGCAGUGCCACUAAACACACAGCUAACACCACACCUACCAACGCCACUGACAUCACCAAUGAGAAUAGCCACCACAGCCGAAAAAGCUCUAUAGCAAGCAGUCUUAAUGGAACUGUUGGCACCAAUUCAAAUAUCAACACUGCUGCCAUAGUCUACAGCACUGGCAGUAAUAGCAGUGGUAAUACCAAUAAUGGUGGCAGUGUGGCUUAUGAUUGGCAUCAAGCUGCUUUAGCCAAAACACUCCAACAAACCCCUUACCACUUACUCCCAGAACCUAGUCUGUUCAGCACGGUCCAGCUUUACAGGCAAAACAACAAACUCUAUGGCUCUGUUUUUACUGGUGCUAGCAAGUUUAGAUGCAAAGACUGCAGUGCAGCAUAUGACACGCUAGUUGGACUUACUGUUCACAUGAACGAGACUGGCCAUUACCGUGAUGACAACAAAGACAAGGAGGAGGAUGGUGGCAAACGCUGGUCAAAGCCCCGCAAACGUUCCUUGAUGGAGAUGGAGGGCAAAGAGGAUGCCCAGAAAGUGCUAAAGUGCAUGUACUGCGGCCACUCCUUUGAAUCUCUGCAAGACUUGAGCGUCCACAUGAUCAAGACAAAGCAUUACCAGAAAGUGCCUCUCAAAGAGCCAGUGCCAGUCCUGGCCACCAAGCUGGUGCCAGCAGCCAAAAAACGAUCUCUUCAGGACCCUCUACUUUCCCCGUGCUCCCCAGACUUAUUCACAGGUUCCAGUGGAGUUGCAUUAGCAGCAGAGGCUGGAAAAGAUGCAAAGGGAACUGCAAACCCUUAUGUAACCCCCAACAAUCGCUAUGGAUAUCAAAAUGGGGCUAGCUACACAUGGCAGUUUGAGGCACGCAAGUCGCAGAUUCUGAAGUGCAUGGAGUGCGGCAGCUCUCACGAUACUCUGCAGCAGCUGACUGCACACAUGAUGGUCACUGGCCACUUCCUUAAGGUCACAAACACUGCUUCAAAGAAGGGAAAGCAGCUGUUGUUUGAUCCAGUAAUGGAGGACAAGAUCCAGUCAAUUCCAUUACCGCCCACUACUACCAGGCUGCCUGUCCCAAGCCUUAAGUCUCAGUCUGUGUCUCCUGUGCUGUCUGCUGGCUCAGAGAACAAGAAGAAAACCGAGGAGACAAAGAUGAAGGUUGGUGAAGUUGUUGAGAAAAAUAUCAAGGAGGAGGAAGAGCCUACUGACAAGGCAGACGUUGACACGUACAGGUACCUUAGAGAAGAAGACCUUGAGGAGACUCCCAAAGGGGGAAUGGACAUCCUCAAAUCUCUGGAGAACACAGUGUCUAGUGCCAUCAGCAAGGCUCAGACAGGUACACCUACCUGGGGAGGAUACCCCAGUAUCCAUGCAGCUUAUCAACUCCAGGGAUCUGCCAAGUCAUCUUUACUUCCUCCAACAGUUCAAAGUGUGCCAGUGCAGCCAGUCUUCAACAGUGCCCUCCUGUCCCUUGUUACUGACCCUGGGGCAGUAAUACACUCUCCUCAUAGCCCCUCAUCACCCCCAUGCCUUAGGAACAAUGUAUCUGCAAUGGAGGAGCUGGUGGAGAAGGUCACAGGAAAGGUCUCAGUAAAAAAAGAGAAGGAGGAACAGAUGGUGAGUGCGGAGCAACCAAGCCCUGCCUACACACCCAGAUCACAAUCACCAGUACACUUGGAUACUGUAAAAGCUGGAGAAACAGUAAGGAGCAACAGCCCAAAAAAGAAAGAUAAAGAUGUUGUAUGUGAAUUGGAUCCUAAACAAACUUCAAUAGAAAGGCAAAAUUAUACAAAAAAUGGUAUAGAAUCAUGCAAGUCACCCAUUACUAAUGGCAGUGGUUUGGGGAUCAUUACUGAUCAUUCACCUGACAGUCCUUUUAUCAGCCCUCUUAGUACGCUGCAGUCAGUGAUGAAGGCCCACCUCAGCAAAGCCUCCAAAUCAGUCAACACCUCCUCUGAUCCUCUCUCAAUGUUAUACAAGAUCAGCAAUAAGCUGAUUGACAAGCCUGCCUACCAUUCCACUUCUGUUAAGCAAAGUGAAUCUCUCAACACAUAUUUCUAUGAGGACAUUGACCAGCCCAUAGAUUUGAGGAAAUCCAAAAGCAGGAGUGAUGUUACCAACAGUGACAUCCAUAGCAAAACCAGCAGUCACCCAGUACAGACAAAGAAAAUUAAUGGAACUAGGCCUCUUCACCUGGGCUCAUCUUUCUCGGAUCCUGUAUCAUCCCUCAGAGAGAAUGCACUGAUGGACAUCUCGGAUAUGGUGAAGAAUCUUACUGACCACCUAAUUCCCAAAUGCUCCACUCCCUCCCCCAUCUCUGAGAAGUCUGAUGCAGACAGCAGUGUGUUUGAAGAUACACUGGAAGACCUUUCCUCUUCACAGAAGCGGAAAGGCCGUCACUCUAACUGGAACCCUCAGCACCUGCUUAUUCUCCAGGCCCAGUUUGCCUCAAGCUUGAGGGAGACUCCAGAGGGCCACUAUGCCAUGACAGACCUUGGACCUCAGGAGCGUGUGCACAUAUGCAAAUUCACUGGCCUCUCAAUGACCACUAUCUCCCACUGGCUUGCCAACGUGAAGUACCAGCUGAGGAGAACUGGUGGGACCAAAUUUCUGAAGAACAUGGACUCCAGCCAGCCUGUGUUUCUGUGCGGAGACUGUGCCUGCCAGUUCAGGACUCCUUCGUCUUAUAUUAGCCAUCUGGAGUCUCACCUAGGCUUCAGCCUCAAGGACCUGUCCAGUCUCUCUGUGCACCACCUCCAGGAGCAGCAGGCUGUCUCCAAGGUGAUCAUGGACAAAAGGCCAUAUGGCAGCCCCCUGCUGAACUUAAUGGCAUGCGAUGAAGGCUCUAGCCCUGGCUCAGUAUACCAGUGCAGACUUUGCAGUCGGACGUUUGUCAGCAAGCAUGCAAUCAAACUUCAUUUGAGCAAGACUCAUGGAAAGUCACCAGAAGACCACCUGGUGUUUGUCACAACUUUAGAAAAGCUUGGAAAAUAGGUACCAUGAGGUCACUGAGUGAUCAAGUACAGCUGGCUGAAUCACUGAACUGUCUUGUUGCACUAAACUAGUUUCUGCACUGGGCCUGAACUGAGCCAUCAAGAAUCAGUUUUACUUUCUGUUGUAAAACUGCCUGACUGGACAAUGUCUCUUUGGUUUGUUUACUUUUGUUUCUGCCAAACUUUUUAACUCAUUUUAAAUGUAUUUAUAUUAUAUUUGUUAGAUCUGUGCAUGUAUGUUAGUGAAGGUACACGCGUCUUUAUUCUUCGAAGCUCUAUUUUUAUGCACAAUUUGGACGGAAGAUAUGAUAAAAUAUUAAUGGGCUGCUCAGAAGCCUGAAAUAGUACCUUAAAGGGGCAUUCUGGUGUAAAACCAUUGUUUAAUGUUUUGUUAUGUUAUGCAAUAUUCUAGUGUAGCAUUAUAUCCUUCAGCUUGCCUUGUUGGUUUGACAGAAUUCAUCAUUUUAAUCAUUUUCAUGUUUUGUUCAUUAAUGUUUUCUCACUACAGUACCCGGCAUGCAUUAAGCAAAUGCAUAAUACAACCAUAUGGUAUCCCUGUGUUGUCACCUAAUCCUGACUGCUAGCUUAGCCACUGAUUUAUGAGCUAAUAAAUGCAACCAAGCCAGAUGCCAGAGGCAGGUUUUUUACCCUUUCAGCCAGUGAGAAGAAGCCAAACUUAGGUAAGGUAUUUAAAUAGCCAGGUACUUUGCUAACUAUAGCUUGUUGUCCUCCUCAUCAGACCAGAAUUUUUUAUCGUUUCUCAGUUCUAAUGAUGAUUUAAAAAUAGUUAUUACAGUUAUAUGGCUGUAACAUGGCUGAUUUUCCAAGUCCUAUGCUAGGGACAACUGUAGCACUGCUGUAGAAUGAAAGUGUGGUUGUUUAUGUUUUUCAUUUUAGCCCGAGUGUCCCUUUAAGUACUAUAUUUCAGAAUGAGACCUUUUUAAAAAUAAUCAGUCUACACAAUAUUUCUGAACAAAUUUGUUGACCAUUUGCUCUUUAAUUUAAUUAUAUUAAAGAAUCUACUUUUGUAUAGGCAUCUGAUAACUGAAAUAGGUUCACUCCUGCCAGACUGAAGAUGGAGCAUUAAAGUAUGCAAACUUGCUUUUAAAGAAUACAAAACUAGUUAUGUUCUGUUUUAUCACUUUAUAAUAAUUUGUUACUCUUUUGGUAUUAUGCCAGUCUGAUUUCAGCUACUUGUUCCAAUGAUUGGUGUCUAAAUCAUGUAAUCUUGUCAUUUGCGACAGCGUAUCCUUUGUAUUUAAGAUGUGUGUAUUCUUUAACUUUUCUAUUGUCAUUUUUUAUGUAAAAAGGUCAAAACAUAGUGUAAAUAGAUAUAUGCAUUAGAGCCACAUAAUUGUUUUUCUAAAAGCUUCUCUGACUUAGUUUACAGAAAUGUGACUUAUACCUACAUUCAGAUUGAUGCAUGAAGUUAUGUGAGGGUGUGCACAAUGACUGUAAAUUUUCAUGUUUUGUAAAAGCGAAGAACCUUUUUAGCAGCAAUUAGUAUUUUCCUGAAUUGUAAAAUAAACCCAAAGCAGUUACAGCA